AUGGGGCCUAUCUUGAUUUCUUAUAGUUUUCUUCGGUAUCUUCUCUUGGUUCUCUUUUCAGUUAGAAACCACGUCCAAGCUAACGAUUGGCUUAACGCUCAUGCAACGUUCUAUGGGGCCAAUCAAAAUCCUACCAGCCUUGGGGGAGCUUGUGGCUAUGAUGAUACCUUUCAUGCUGGGUUUGGGGUCAACACUGCGGCGGUAAGCACUAUGCUUUUCAGAGGUGGUGAGGUUUGUGGUGCUUGCUACCAAGUGAUGUGUGAUUACCGUGUCGACCCAAAAUGGUGUCUCAGAAGCCGCAGUGUGACAGUAACUGCCACCAACUUUUGCCCUCCAAACAACCGUGGAGGGUGGUGUGACCCCCCUCACCAUCACUUCGACAUGUCCAUGCCUGCUUUCUUUCGCAUUGCACGACAAGGCAAUGAAGGCAUUGUUCCUGUCCUUUAUAGAAGGGUGGCAUGCAAAAGAAGAGGGGGAGUGAGGUUCACGUUGAAGGGGCAAUCAAAUUUCAACAUGGUGAUGAUAUCAAACAUUGGUGGCAGUGGGGAUGUAAAGGCCGUGUGGAUCAGAGGUUCCAGAAGUGGAGCAUGGUUGCCGAUGCAUAGGAAUUGGGGUGCCAACUGGCAAAGCAGCGCAGAUCUCAGAAACCAGAGAAUCUCAUUCAAGUUGACUUUGGUUGAUGGGAAGACAUUGGUGUUUCUCAAUGUGGUCCCUUCAACUUGGAGGUUUGGACAGACAUUUUCAUCACAUAAUCAGUUCUUUUAG